UCCCCUACGAAACGGCAAGAUCAUUCAAGAAAAAAGAAUCAAAACGUUAGCCCACAAACAAUCCUUGACAUUAUUGCAAAAUUUUCCAAAACCUUCUGUAUAAAAUCUCACUCUCAUCUCACAUUCCCUGACCGUCUUUUCUUCCUUCCUUCCUUCUUUCUUUCUUUCAAGGUUGAGGAAAUGAACCCAUCUAGCAAUUUCGGCUACUUCUCUUCCUCCACCACAACAGUCACUUACUCUUUCCAUAAUGACCAUACUACCCCUACACAAACCAUCGAAAUCCCCAUCAAGCCCCUCUCCCCCAAAUCCACCACCCAAUCAAGCACUGCCACUUCUGCUGCCACCAAGAUCCAAUCUUGCUACAGGACACAUAUGAUCCGAACCCUUUACAAGAAAAUCUCAGCUGUUAGUUCUGAAGCUGAUCAGUUACAAAACCAAAUCCAACGGCAGGAAACAGUGGAUGCAAUAAGAAGUAGCGAGAAAGAAAAGCUGGGGAUGAAUGAGGCCUUGAUGGGCUUGCUUCUGAGGCUCGAUUCAGUACCUGGGGUUGAUCCAACGGUGAGAGAAGCAAGAAGGAAAGUCAGCCGUAGGAUUGUGGGGUUGCAGGAAAUAUUGGACUCAAUAUGUGAAGCAAAAGUUGGUGCUGAUGGUGGUGACUAUUGUGGGUGGCAGUGGGACCCUUAUGGUGGUUGGGAUAUGGUGUUGGAGGAGAUGGAGGAGGAGAUUUGUAUGGAGAGAGGUGGUGAAGAAAUGGAGAAGUUUUGUGCUCAAUAUCUUGGGUUUAGAUGCUUGCAGAGGUUUUUGAAAGAACCAUGAAAGAAAGAUUGGAACUUUUGAUCUUUUUGUGCCUAAAGAUCAAAACUUUUAGUUGUACAAGUGAGUGAUGAUCAUAAAUUAUUUUGUUUCUUCGUUGAUUGAAACUUUUUGAAUUUUAUUUUGCUGUCUCUGUGUAUAGAAACAAAAGUUAAUUACUGAACUUGUAUCAUAAACAAAAGUUUGCUUUGUUAA